UAGAAGUAAGCACGGCUCACACGUAAGAGCGAAAAAUGUAAACAUGUUAAGGAAGGGCAGCUAAGCAAACAGAACACUAUGAGCUUAACAGCGCCGUUGAUAAUGCCCGUUCACAGUUGUGUGAGAGCAUCAGUCAAACAAAAGAGAGUGCUGAUAUUUUAACUCUGCGCUGCUCCCGCUGUCUUCCUUUCUAUAUAUCUUAGUCAGAGAGCACAGCUUAAUGACCAUCUUAUAAAUCAGCCCAGCAACGGUAGACUGAUAACUUAACAGCGCUGCUGCUGAUAUUGUCUCUCAUUCACUGCUCUCUAAUGCUGAUAGGUUAACAGCGUCGCUGCUGCCAACUCUCGUUCUCACGCUAUCUCCCUCUCUCACUGAGUCCGAAACCAAGCUUGACUGCUGCUGAUGAGUCAGCGUCACAAUGCGUAGUGUCUAUGUAUAAAAGCCAAUGCUUUACUAAGCGGCAAUUUAGUUGACAUAUACAACGCGUGGAAGGUACACACACGUUUCUUGGCUGUAAGUUCUUAUUAAUAUAUAUUUGCAUGUAGCGGCGACUGAUUGUACUAAAAACUAAUACCACACUUAAUUGGCAAACACAAAAGUAAUGCAAACUUUUAUUCAAUUUAUUUAUGCACACAUAACUGAUGCACCCAUUAAACACACACACACGCACACAUACACAGAGCACAAGCACAACAACAACAACAACAACAACAACUACAGCCACACUUGACUCUAGUUCGCCCAUUGAAGACUCCAUUGCCGAGGGAACUGAGAACAGACAACAGCAGACUGUUAACGCAACAAUGUCCGAUUUAAUGGAAGAUGUUCAACUGCAGCAGGUGGAGCAGCAGUUAGAGUUGGAGGAGCACACGCCACAACCGGAGGAGGAGCAACAGGAGCAAGAGCAGCAGGAGGAGCAACAGCUGGAAGUGCAGCAGGAGAUAGAGGAGGCCGAGGAGCAGCAGCUGCAGCAGUUGACUCAAGAUGUCGACACAAUGGCGCAUAAUGAGGAAGCCGUAACGGAAACAGAAACGGAAACGGAAAUGCCGCUGUACGACAGAGACAGUCUGAUUGAAAACUUUGCCAACGACGAUGAAACGAAUUUCGAGUCCUCACACCUAGUCGAACGCGAGUCGCUGAUGCAGCGGGAACGCGAAGAACUGGAAUCAUCGGACGAUGAGGAUGCCAAUGCCAAUCCCAUUGAGAUGAGUGAUACAUUCAACGAUGAGUGGGCAACACUGGACGCCGCUGAUCCCGCAAACGAUUUGGAUAAUUCAAUUGAUGCCUUUGAGAGCUAUCUGCCCGUGGAUAUAUCCAAUGAUAUUGCUGUUAAUGAUGUCGCCGCUGCGAAUCCGGACUAUCCCUAUAAUCCCGAUGCGGAGGUCUUUGAGCUGUCUCCAUCGGCAAUUGCAGCAAUGUCCAAAUUCGAGAAAUUAUCGCUGAAGACGCCGACGCCGCUGUUGAAGUGAAGCCAACCAAUUUAGUGUUAGUUAUUAUUAUUGUAAUAAGUGUUUUAGUUGUCUAAGCAGAACUGCAUUCAUUUUCACUAAGCUCAUCAAACAAAUUCAAAUGUUUUUACGAGCCGAGCAGCACUCAUUAAAUUAUUAUGUCAAUGUUUUGUCUAAGUACGAGUAUUAAAUUAAAUAAUUAACAAAUGCAUACCAAAAUAUUUAUUGAUGCAAAAAUAUAAAAUAUGCCAAAAAAGA